AUGGACCAGGGCCAUUUCAUGCAAAAGUUCAGCAGGCCUGUCGCUGUGAUCGGCGCAGGUGUCUCUGGACUUGUUACAGCUAGACGUCUGGUUGCGGAGGGCUUCGAGGUCGACGUUUUUGAGCGUCGAAGCCUAGCGGGUGGACUAUGGAAUUUCUCACCGGCCGCGAAUGCGCCCUUCGCAUCUGCAGUCUACGCGGAUCUGCGAACCAAUUUCCCACGUCAACUCAUGGAACUACAGGAUUAUCCAUGGACUACCCAGCCUCUCUUCAUGCAGCACGAUUUGGUACGGGAAUACCUUGAAGGGUACGCCCAAGAGAUACAACAUGAGAGCUACGGUCUGUUGCGAAUAAAUUUCAACACUCAGGUCGUGCGCUUAUUGUAUGAACGUUGUGCUGGUGGUUACUGGGAGCUCACUUGCAAGUCAGUGAUUACCGGACAGAGUGCUACUCGACGGUAUCCGUACGUCGUGGUAGCGGUGGGUGUCUUCGAUGAGCCCUUGAUACCUUCCUACGAGGGACUAUCAGAAUGGAAGAAAAUUCGGGAAAAUUCGCUAUCUCACGCCAAAGAGUACAGGGACCCAAAGACAUUUAAGGGCAAGAAUGUUCUGAUCAUAGGCUACCAAGCAUCUGGCUUUGAUAUUACCAACAAAAUUACGGCUUAUGUCUCGAAGCUCUGGAUUUCUUCGACACAAAAGAUUAGACAUUGGAAGGGAAAGCCAUCCAACGUCACACUGAUGACAGAGAUAUCCUGUUUCAUUCCAGAAACUCGCACAGUGCACUUCACCAACGGCGAAAGUAUCUCGGAGGUCGACCAAAUAAUCUUGUGUACCGGCUAUCAAUAUCAUCAGCCCUUCAUCAAGGGGGACAACAACAGUGAAGCUCCCCUCUUCCCCACUGGCAACAGCAUUUCGGGACUUCAUGAGCAUGUCAUCUCUAUCAAGCAACCAAGCCUAGCCUUUGUUGGCUUGUUGAGAGGAGCAGUUCCCACAUUUCUCGUUGCGCAAGCACAGGCAGCCUUUAUUUCACGCGUGUUUGCGGGCCGCAUUCGUUUGUCAAGUCUAACAGAAGCCAGUCCCCAGCACAGGAUGCCAUAUCCAAAGUUCAUGGAUUACCUUUUACGCUUGGAGAGGCUCUGCGAACAAGCUGACAAAGGCCGGACGUGGCAAGUAGGGAAGGCUAAAAUUCCGGCUCCUCGAUGGACGGCGGAGCUAGACUUGGUCAUGACGAGGCGGAACGAGAUUCGAGGUGCUUUCCUGAGUACUGGAGGCAGAGACGACCCAAGUCUCAAGCUUCCAUGCCACAGACAAUUCCUGUCUCUUUCCUGUCCCAAUGUUGAAGCUCUCGUGCCCUUUCUGAUUCUACAUUACGGCUACAGAAGAGACCACGACACCAUGCUAGACUUUCCUUUCCAUUGUUGGCAAGUCGGCUCGGCCUACCGUUUGAUCAUGCGGAUCAAGGAAAUGCUUAAGACGAUGAUUCCUGAAUUGGGGCAAGACAGCCAGGCCGUGUUCGUCCGCGGUGCUCGGACUCUGCUUCCAGCAAUUUUGAACAAAUGGCUAGUAUUCUACAGGUCUCUGUCGGAUGAGGUGGCUAUAAUGAAGGAGCAUAAGGACAUGGAUAAGGCGAAGAUAGCCUUGCAGGAAAUUGAGUCGUACUUUAAGACCUUGGGCUUUGGGUCGUCUAAUUGA